AUGCCGCGCCCCAAAAGGGCUCCAGGGGAGCCAACGCGCAAGUCGGCGCGCCUUGAGGGGCACGAGGCAGAGGCGCACAGUGGCCUGCCAGCUGGCGUUGAGGAGGGCAGUGAUUUGGCAGAGUUCAUCACCACGGGGCAUUGCCCAAGGUGUGGCAGGGCGCAGCUGAGCCUGGAGGCGCGCCAGCUGCACCUGGCGCGUUGCAAGGGGCCGCCAGAGCCGCCGACAGAAGAGGAGAUUGCGGCCACCGCGGAGGCGAUGCGUGACGUCCAGAAGGCGCGGCUGCGCGAGCUGGAGAUGGGGGGCCUGGUGGAGUGGAGCGUGGAGGGCCAGGGAGGCGAGGGCGCCCAGAAAGCCACGUUCAUUGUCAUCGGAUCCAAGGGUGACCACUAUGCCGUGCGGUUUACGACACGGCCGGAACAGGGCAGGCGGCCGCGCACGUGCGAGUGCAUGGACUGCAGGAUCCGCAAGCACGACUGCAAGCACAUACGCCUCAUCCUGCAGCAGCUAGGGCUCGACGAGCCCUACCAAGACUGGCCGCAGGCCCUGGAGCGCAAGGUGUCAGACCUGCAGGCGGCGGACGAGUCUGAUGCAGAGCGCGUCAAGGGCCAGGAAGAGCGCGCGCGGGAACGCAGGCAGAAAGCUGAGCUUGCGGCGCAGCAGGCGGUGGCGGAUGAGGCGUCAGCGGAGGGGGAGGGGCAGGGGGAGGAGGAGCGGCCAGGUGGGAAGCGCGCGGCGGCGACAUGCGGCAAGAAGAAGCGAGCAAAUAAACGGGGUCGGCGGUGA